AGAAAGGGGGAAAAGGUGGGAUCUUCUGAGGCUGCCUUGCUUGCAAAGCUUGGUAUUAGGCCUUUCUCGUAUGGCCUUGUCGUCUUGUCUGUGUAUGACAAUGGCUCUGUUUUUAGCUCGGAAGUGCUAGACCUCACAGAGGAUGAUCUGAUUGAGAAAUUUGCGACUGGUGUUUCCAUGGUGACAACAUUUCUCUGGCCAUUUCUUACCCAACUCUGGCAUCUGCCCCCCACAUGUUUGCAAAUGCCUAUAAGAAUGCUCUCGCCAUUGCACUGGCGACCGAGUAUUCAUUCCCGCAGGCAGAGAAAGUGAAGCAAUAUUUGAAGGAUCCAAGCAAGUUUGCUGUUGCUGCGCCAGUUUCUACUGGAGAAGCUGCUGCUCCAGCUGUAGCUUGUGCCGCAGAAGAAGAGAAGAAAGAAGAGCCUGCAAAGGAAUUAGAUGACGAUAUGGGCUUUAGUCUCUUUGACUAAGAGCCUUGUUGGAUUUUGUGGUUGCAGUGCUUGAGUUCUAUUUUGAUACAUUUUAGUUCACUUUUGGUUUCUGUUAGUUUUUAUGGGUUGGAUUGUAAUUUCAUUAUUAGUUAUAUUUUGCUAAACAUGUGCUUUUUUUAAGCGGAUAGGUUGAGUGUGCCAAAUCUUUGAA